AUGCUUAUCAUCAAACAGAUCUGCCAGUUCCGAUUCCCACAUUUCGACCAAAUUCUGUCCACAACAGGAACCAAGCCUAUGGGUUUCACCUUCACCAAGAAUGGCGUUAAAACCGAGGAUAUCACCAUCAAGGUCCCUUUCGCUCUUCUGAACCUUACUCUGGAAGCCCCCUUGGUGACCGCUUCUACACAAUACUUCCCAUGCAUGGGCACCAACUCCACUCCAGCUCUUGGUCGAGCUUUUCUACAGGCUGCUUUCGUCGGCGUCAAUUGGUCCAAGAAAUCCUGGUUUUUAGCCCAAGCUCCUGGACCAGACUAUUCGUACAUUCAGAAUGUUGUCGACAUCAGCGAUAGUGACACCACCAUCACACCCUCUGGGAAUAGCUGGGAACCUACUUGGGAAAACUCUUGGACGGUACUUGCAUCCGAAAAUUCUCCCACGACCAACUCGACCAACUCGACGACCUCGACCGGCAGCACUGGUCUCUCAACCGGCGCCAAGGCUGGCAUUGGCGCAGGCUGCGGUAUUGCUGCUUUGGCGGCCGUUGCUGCAGCUUGUUGGUUUAUCUCCCAUCGUCGUCAAAAAUAUAAGCGGACUUUCAGUCAGGACAGUGCAGUGGCAGACCAGUCUUCGCAGCAACCUCCUCCCUCGAUAAUAACUACGACGCCCGUGGAAGCUCCAGACACCAAACCUAGCAGGCCUCAUGAGUUGGCCUAA